GAGGAGUGUGUUCUGAGCUUAGAGGCAUUCACUGCUGGAUUCCUGUUUACUGUUAUUUUUUUCCUCCCAGGCUAAGUUAGCCUGGACUUUGGCUCCCUUGGCCUGGAGUGCUGGCGAGGGGUGAGGGUUUCUGAGAGGGUUAGUGGAGGGCUAGGGGCUGGUCCUUCUCCAUCUUGUUUUCUCUCCCUCGGCCCCCUCCCCAGGCCCAGCCACCGUCAGUCACGUCACUCCAGGGAUGGCGGAGGGAGGUGAGGGAUAAGGGGCAGGGAUGAGGCCCCACUCUUGAGGUUGCCUAGACAACCUGGGAAAUCGUCGCCAGGGCCUCUUCCGCCUGCGGGGCGCUGCUUCCUGCAUCAGUCACUCCCGCUGGGGGCGGGGCGGAGGAAGGGGUUGGAUGUGGCAGAGCCAGUCCCCAGCCAGUGCCGCUCAGACUCCCCCGCUAGCACUGCUGCGGCCCCAGCCAUGGCAUCCUAUCCAUCUGGCCCCGGCAAGCCCAACACCAAAUAUCCCUUUAAGAAGCGGGCCAGCCUGCAGGCCUCCAUUGCAAUUCCAGAGGCUCGGGGUGGUCUGGGGGCCCCUCCGCUGCAGUCUGCCCGAUCUCUGCCGGGCCCCGCCCCCUGCCUCAAGCACUUCCCGCUCGACCUGCGCACGUCUAUGGAUGGCAAAUGCAAGGAGAUCGCCGAGGAGCUGUUCAGCCGCUCGCUGGCUGAGAGUGAGCUCCGUAGUGCCCCAUAUGAGUUCCCCGAGGAGAGCCCCAUUGAGCAGCUGGAGGAGCGGCGGCAGCGGCUGGAGCGGCAGAUCAGCCAGGAUGUCAAGCUGGAGCCAGACAUCCUGCUUAGGGCCAAGCAAGAUUUCCUGAAGACGGACAGUGACUCGGACCUACAGCUCUACAAGGAGCAGGGCGAGGGGCAGGGUGACAGGGGCCUGCGGGAGCGUGACGUGGUGCUGGAACGGGAGUUUCAGCGGGUCACCAUCUCCGGGGAGGAGAAGUGUGGGGUGCCGUUCACAGACCUGCUGGACGCAGCCAAGAGUGUGGUGCGAGCACUCUUCAUCCGGGAGAAGUACAUGGCCCUGUCGCUGCAGAGCUUCUGCCCCACCACCCGCCGCUACCUGCAGCAGCUGGCCGAGAAGCCUCUGGAGACACGGACCUAUGACCAGGGCCCCGACACCCCCGUGUCUGCUGAUGCCCCGGUGCACCCCCCUGCGCUGGAGCAGCACCCAUAUGAGCACUGUGAGCCAAGCACUAUGCCUGGAGACCUGGGCUUGGGUCUGCGCAUGGUGCGGGGCGUGGUGCACGUCUACACCUGCAGGCAGGCCGAUGAGCGUUGCUCAGAGGUGGAGCUGCCGUACCCCGACCUGCAGGAAUUUGUGGCCGACGUCAAUGUGCUGAUGGCCCUGAUUAUCAAUGGCCCCAUAAAGUCAUUCUGCUACCGCCGGCUGCAGUACCUGAGCUCCAAGUUCCAGAUGCACGUGCUGCUCAAUGAGAUGAAGGAGCUGGCUGCCCAGAAGAAAGUGCCACACCGAGAUUUCUACAACAUCCGCAAGGUGGACACCCACAUCCAUGCCUCAUCCUGCAUGAACCAGAAGCAUUUGCUGCGCUUCAUCAAGCGGGCGAUGAAGCGGCACCUGGAUGAGAUCGUGCACGUGGAGCAGGGCCGCGAGCAGACGCUGCGGGAGGUCUUCGAGAGCAUGCAUCUCACUGCCUACGACCUCAGUGUGGACACGCUCGACGUGCACGCGGACAGGAACACCUUCCAUCGCUUCGACAAGUUCAAUGCCAAAUACAACCCUAUUGGGGAGUCUGUCCUCCGAGAGAUCUUCAUCAAGACCGACAACAGGGUUUCUGGGAAGUACUUUGCUCACAUCAUCAAGGAGGUGAUGUCGGACCUGGAGGAGAGCAAAUACCAGAACGCGGAGCUGCGGCUCUCCAUCUACGGGCGCUCGAGGGAUGAGUGGGACAAGCUGGCACGCUGGGCUGUCACGCACCGCGUGCACUCUCCCAAUGUGCGCUGGCUCGUGCAGGUGCCGCGCCUCUUUGACGUGUACCGUACCAAGGGCCAGCUGGCCAACUUCCAGGAGAUGCUGGAGAACAUCUUCCUGCCUCUGUUUGAGGCCACUGUGCACCCUGCCAGCCACCCGGAACUACACCUUUUCUUGGAGCACGUGGAUGGUUUUGACAGCGUGGAUGAUGAGUCCAAGCCCGAGAACCAUGUCUUCAACCUGGAGAGCCCCCUCCCUGAGGCUUGGGUGGAGGAGGACAACCCACCCUAUGCCUACUACCUGUACUACACCUUCGCCAACAUGGCCACGUUGAACCACCUGCGCAGGCAGAGGGGCUUCCACACGUUUGUGCUGAGGCCACACUGCGGGGAGGCUGGGCCCAUCCACCACCUGGUGUCAGCUUUCAUGCUGGCUGAGAACAUCUCCCACGGGCUGCUUCUGCGCAAGGCCCCAGUCUUGCAGUACCUGUAUUACCUGGCCCAGAUCGGCAUCGCCAUGUCCCCUCUCAGCAACAACAGCCUCUUCCUCAGCUACCACCGGAACCCGCUACCCGAGUACCUGUCCCGCGGCCUCAUGGUCUCCCUGUCCACCGACGAUCCCCUGCAGUUCCACUUUACCAAGGAGCCGCUGAUGGAGGAGUACAGCAUCGCCACCCAGGUGUGGAAGCUGAGCUCCUGCGACAUGUGUGAGCUGGCCCGCAACAGUGUGCUCAUGAGCGGCUUCUCCCACAAGGUAAAGAGCCAUUGGCUGGGACCCAACUACACCAAGGAAGGCCCCGAGGGAAAUGACAUCCGGCGCACCAACGUGCCAGACAUACGCGUGGGCUACCGCCAUGAGACCCUGUGCCAGGAGCUGGCGCUCAUCACUCAGGCCGUCCAGAGCGAGAUGCUGGAGACCAUCCUGGAGGAGGCGGGUGUCGCCACAAGCCCAGGGCCUCAGUGAGCCUGGCCCACGCAGCGCCCACCACAUCUCGGCACCUCAGCCAUGUUUUGUUCUGAGAGCCCUCCCAUCCUGUUGUAGUCUCUGCAUGUCUCCAUUCUUCUUUGUCUCUGUCUUGCAUGUCUCUGACCCUGACCCUGUCCCUGUCCCUGACCCUGUCCCUGUCCCUGGGCCACCCCAGGGAAAGCAAUGCCUGGGAAUCUCCUUCACCAUUGUCUUAGCUCAGGUGGCACCUGACAGCCGAGGUUUUGAGGGAUAGCCUUGCUGGUGGCUCUACCCUAGGAUCCUCAAAAGCCUGGCUGUCCUGUGGGCUUCUCCAGAGUCCACAGGGCCUGGGGAUGGUCGUGGGGGGCUGGCCCCUCUAGUCUUUGGGGUCCUUCCUGGGCAAAUGUGAGCUUUGGCUGGGGCUGAAGUUUAGGCCCCUGUCUCACGUGGCCAAGGAGCAGUCGGGUGGGGUGUGUACAGCGCUGCUGUGAGCAUCAGCUCUGCGCUGGGUAGAGCUGGGCCGAGAGCUGGGUCACAGCCCUGGGCUGCCUGCCCGAGGG